GCAGCAUGGUGUCCACAGAGAGCGCGUCAUCCACCUAUGAGGAGCUGGCGCGGGCCUACGAGCACGCCAAAAUGGAGGAGCAGCUGCGCCACGGCAAGUUCACCAUCACAGAGUGCUUCAUCUCGGACACGUCGUCGGAGCAGAUGACGGCGGGCACCAACGACUACACAGACAGCCUGACGUCCAGCACGCCCUCUGAGUCAGGCAUCUGCAGGUUCACCGCCUCCCCGCCCAAGCCGCAGGACGUCAGCCAAGUCAUGAACAUGGCCGUGCCCAAGGCUCACAGACUGGGGGGCGAGCUUGUGCACCUGCCUCCUUACAUGCGCAUGGACUUCCUGCUGAACCGUGGCAUGUCGUGCUCAGGAACUGGAGGGAGGGGUGGUGCUGGGGGGGAGGGGGCCAUGGGUCAGGCCUGUCUGGAACCCAAGAAGAGUCGCUCCCUGAAGCGGCCGUCGCGUAUGGUGCCCCCUACACCCACAGAGGCCCCCCAGGCCACCAGCAGGGCCAGCAGCAGGGACACAGUGGCCCAGUGGCAGCCCGGCUCAGCCGCCACCCUGCCCCACAGAGAGGGCUCAGAGCUGGCCCUACUGGAGUCCCUACUGGACUCACGAGGACACUUCAAACAGACCAACAACCCCUACGCAAAGUCCUAUACGCUGGUAUAA